GCCAUGGCAGGUGGACGCAGUUUCCAACACCUGCAGAAGGUGGCUCUAGAUGCUCUCUCAAACAUCACUAUAGAACCCAUAUUGUUUCUACAUUAUACCGCAUGGUAUACACAAUUGGUAAUUAGAGACAACCUGAAGUUAGAGCGGUUCUGUCGUGUGACGCUGAAGUAUCCGGCCGAGGAGUGCGCCCAGAUGAACGACGGACACCACACAGACUUGCAAGUGAAGGCCCAGCAGCUGGACAGUGUCUUCACUUUUUACGAAAAGUUAGCGAGCACAAUCAUCCCGAUCUUGCUGCUAUCCUUCAUCGCCUCCUGGAGCGACAAACGAGGACGUCGUGUCCCCAUACUUCUAUCAUUACUUGGAGAAGUAUUAUAUAGCAUCAUCUACCUCCUGGAGGCUUUCUUCACGUCCUGGUCACCGUACGUUCUCCUGCUGGCAUACUUCAUUGAGAGUAUCGGUGGAGGUUUAAUUAUGUUCGCUAUGGCUUCCUAUAGUUACAUGGCAGACAACACCAGCCGGCAGUCCAGAACUGCUCGUAUGACCAUCAUGAAUAUUUUUUGGCAUCUUGGGUGUUCAAUUGGCACUGUUAUGGGGGCCUGGAUCUUUGACAUUGGAGGAUACGUUCCAGUCUUCAGUACGUCUCUCCUUUUCUACAGUAUCGCACUUGUUGUGGCCUUUUUUAUAGUCAAAGAUAAACAACUUGAAAAGAACGAGACGGAGAAUGACACAGAGAUGGAGACAAGUCCCUGGAACCCAAAGAAUGUCAUCAGUUUAUUUCGAGUUGCCACCAAGACAAGACCUGGCCGGACGCGGCUGCAUCUUCUGCUUCUGUUGGUGUUCAUGCUUUGCUACAUCAGCUCCGUUCCCCACAACAUGUACCUGUGGACCCGCAGAGUGUUCCAGUGGGACCAGGACCAGUACAGUCUCUACUACACCGCCAGCAUGAUCGUUGAAGUUUUAGUCAUGCUGAUAGUUACGCUCAUUUUUCAAAGAUACACUAUUCACGACUGUGUGUUUGGUGCAGGAAUAGCUCUUCUGCUUUUCUUGGAAGACUUGAGUUUUGGACUAGUUGGUGCCGCCAGCCAGUGGUGGGUUGUGUUAGUCUUCCUCGUUGUGCCAUCCAUACUUCCCUCCGUAGCUAUCAGGAGUCAGAUAACUAAGUUGUGUGACGAUACAGAAGUGGGAAGAUACUUCUCAUUGCUGGCCAUCCUCGAGGUGUUGUGGCCCCUGGCGGACGGAGCCAUCUACUCAGCCGUCUACGCCUACACUAUCGCCUUCUAUCCUUCCUGCGAGCACCUCGUAUCGGCCGCCUUCGCCCUUUGUCUUCUGAGCGGUCUCCUGUGCCUCAGGUUAUACGUGGACAGUGCUAAAGGGCGGCCGCCACCACCUGUCUUGCCCGAGGGCCGGCUGGGUACGAAGGGUCUGGCCACAGAAACUCACCCAUCCCGAUCGGUCCAGCUGGAUGGAGUCCAAGCCAAUCAUUCCGACCGUUCCUGUUGGAGUUCCACUCCACCAUCUUGAGCAGCUCUAGCUCACGUGCCCACUUGGGGACUGUCACCUCCAAAGAUCUCAGUAUAUAGGCAAGACAACAACUUCUCUCUCUAGGUCAUUAACAAUGCACAAACAACAGGGCUCCAUCAAGGAGCACAUAAUCUCCUCACACAACCAGACCAUCACCAGAGAAAUCUUAACAAACAACACUGAAGUAAUCGACAGGUACAACGACAACAGAAGACUCGACAUCAGCGAGGCGCUACACAUCAAAAAGUCAAGACCAACAAUCAACAAUCAGUUAACACAUAAUUACAUUCUACCCACUUCAAGAUCUCGAACCAAAACAGAGACAGUAGAAGCAAGAACAUAGGCAUUUAAUAGCCUACUAAAAUCCAUUAUGCCAUUCAUCCACUUGUUCAUCUCAAUCAAGUACUGUACCACCUCACCCCCAGAGCAUAUAAGCCUUUGCAAAGCAUGGAAAAUUUUUCUUUGACAAUGUAAGGAGUGCCUUGCGAAAUGCUUCCCUAGGCGUCAGACCAUAAUAAAUUGUGAA